AUGUGCUUUAGAAAAAAUUCAUUUUUCUCGAACUUAGGUCUUGGUGAUAGCCGUGAACCAUUAAACCAUCAUCUUUAUAAUUUUUCAUUUGCUGCUGCUGAUCGUCGAGUUGAAUAUUAUUUAAAUGUUUCUUAUGCACAAAAUUCUUCUUCUGUUGUUUAUAUCAACAAUCAAAUUCCUGGUCCAUUAAUUCAAGCUGAACUCAAUGAUAUUAUCAUUGUUCAUGUAACCAAUUACUUACCAGUACAUGAACGACUGGCCAUGCAUUUUCAUGGUAUGUUUGUUCGACAAACUCCACAAAUGGAUGGAGUCGCUUAUAUAACUCAAAUGCCGAUCGAAAGUCAAUCCUCAUUCACUUAUGUUCUUCGUGCUUAUCCAGCUGGUACGUAUUUUUAUCAUUCGCACGCUGGUCUACAAUCGAUUACUGCAUUCGGUGCUCUAAUUAUACAUGAUAGACAAAGACCUUGGAAUGCUUCGGAAAUUCCGUUAGGUCCGUUACUCUUCUCGGAUUGUUGGGAAAAACCUGAUCGGUUAACACAAGAACAUAAUCUUCUCGCAUCACCAUUCAUUUGGCAAGGUGAACCAACGUAUUUGUUAAUCAAUGGCAAAACUGAUCUUACGUUAACGUUGGAUCCGAAUAGAAAGUACCUUCUACGAUUAAUUGGUUCAACUACAUUGUCGACAGUUGUCUUCGGUAUCGAUGAACAUCCAAUGACAGUUGUUGAAGUCGACGGAACGCUGAUUGAACCGAAAAAAAAUGUGAAAUCGAUUGAACUUUCAUCUGGACAAAGGUAUGCAGUGAUUAUCGAAACAAAUCAUCGAUCAAGAGGAGUUUUUGCCAUGCGAUUAGCAAUACGAUGGAGAACACUUCUAACUGGCUCGAGUUGUUCCGCUAUUCUGCGUUACAGCACGCAUAUCAAUGAUAAAAGCAACCCAUCUACUCUUCCACUACCAAUCUUAGCUAAUGAAGAAGAAUUGCGUUCAUUUUCCUUUCAAAGUCCUUUUAAAACAUUAUUAAUUAAUGAUCGUAUGCCAAAACGAACGGCUGAUAAAGAAAUUUUCCUGUAUAACUAUCAAUCUCGUACUAAAAAUGGCUUGGGCAUGCGAUGGUUCACCAAUAAUGCAACAUUAGAUAAAUUACGUUUAAUAAAUCUAACACAACCAUUGAUUUAUGAUGCUUAUAAUGGCAUUGAAGACAAUUUUCCACACGAUGCCACAUAUUCGAUCAAACAAAAUCAACUAGUUGACAUUGUUCUUCAAAAUACUGUCGCUACUAACGGUGUUUGCGAAACACAUCCAUUUCAUUUGCAUGGUCACAAAUUCUGGAUACAUUCCCAAGGUAGAGGAAUGUAUAAUUCAUCGAUCAAACAAACUCCAGAUAGUGCCAAUCCAAUCUUGCGUGAUUCGCUAACACUCUAUGCAUCGUCGUAUGAUUAUUUGACACCGAAUCGAUCGGCAUUGAAUUAUUUAAAAGCAUGUGGUUGGAUCAAACUACGUUUUAUCGCAGAUAACCCUGGUUUAUGGUUAUUACACUGCCACAUAGUUAAUAUUUGUGCAAAGGCUUGUUUAGUUUAUCUAACUAAGAAACACUUCUACUCCCAGAAAAUUAACUGA